GAGCAAGUUCUCGGUCUUCUUCACAGAGGCCCCUGCUGGCUUCACUGUGUUUGUGGACGAUUCCGAUGUCUUCGAGGAACAGGAUGGCGAGCCACAACUGCGGGAGAUGCUGGAAACCGGGGGAUGGGCCUGGGCUUCCGUUCCCGAGCACCAGGCCUUCGAGAUCGCCGCCUGGCUGUGCUGCUCUGCAAGGCAGCCGAGCUCAUUCGGCCGCAUGCUGGCCUUCGUGAAGCGGGCGCACAACGUGCUGAAACUCCUGGGCAAGAACAAAGGCCGGCUGGUUCCCUACUGUGAAUCGGAAGACUGGAUUCGCAGGAGCAACGUUCUGCUGCGCGCACCAACAGGUGUCGACAUUGGGGAGAGAUACGUUGCCGAUGAGAAAGUCCUCUGUGACUGCCUCCACCAUCUGCUAGUGGAUCAGCAGGGAUGGCUCGGGAUGGCGGACAUUAAACGCCUCUUCCGUAGUCGCUUCGGUGCCGAAAUUAGCGAGACAGCUUUCGGAUGCGCAUCGAUGACAGAGCUGCUGUCGCAGCCGUUCAUACGGGCUCGAUUGGGAGCGUGGCUGUGGAUAUCUCAGCUUUUCGAAGAAGAUGCCGCGCCGGCAACAAUGCAACAUCCGCACCCUUCAGGACAGAAUGACGGUGCUGCGCCACUCUGA